GGUUCCGCACGCUGUAUCCCUCCACAGUUCUACAAUACGGAACACGAUCCCAAGUGUUUCGCUCAAGUGACGCCGGUUGGAGUUCGGGGGGAAUCCAAACGGGUUGCGAGGGAAGAGCGGUGACCUGGAAGCGCAGCGAUCAGCUAGUCUCCUUUUGCCGGCGAUGGAUUUCUUUGGCGAGUGGCGACGGAGUCGCCCAGGGAGCUCUUCCUCUCAGCGUUAAACAUGGCCGCCCUGAGCGACUCUUUCUGCGCGAUUGUUCGUAAGUCCUGAACCGUCGGCGAGUGCGAGCAAGAAGAGGAGAGGGGCGCCGAGAGCGGAUCGAUCUGCCCCCCGAUGAGCAGCGCCUGGCCAGAAUCGUCAGUGUGCGAGACAGAGGCCUUUUGCAGCAAAGCCGAGUAUUUAAAUGAAACAAACUGGGAAACCGGAUCGAGGCGUUGUGACAUCGACGAGACGAGAGGAGCGAGGCCGCGGGGCGCCCUGAAUCUGGCUGCGAGUCAUCGCGGACGCACACACACAGAAGCCCCAGUUUGUUGGCGGCGUUGUUUCAUGGAUCGCUUGCUUCUGCGGGUUGCGGCGCUGUGCAGCGGACCUGCUCCAUGGAGUUCCUCGGGUCUUGAGACUUUCUGCAUCGCACUGUGACAGGUCCAGAGAAAGGAAUGGAAGAAAACAAAUCAAAUGGAGAGGAAAAUGACUCUGAGACCUCAGCUGAUGAUGGUGGACUCCCAGAGACGACAUCUUCUGCCGAAGGCGACCCCGAGCCACCGGCUGAGAGUGUAAAGACCCAGGCAGAACCCGCACCACCUCCCAGCCAGUCAUGGGCUAAAUCACAGUGUUGUGCAUUGUGCAACUGUGGCAGCUGGAGCUUACAUGGUCAGAGGGAGCUACGGAGGUUUGAUCCUUCCGAUAAGAAUUUCCCUUUACUGGAUGAAAGUGACCAGGCAGCCUCUGAACAACAUCACGGCAAGGAGGAUUCCGCUAACAUCCCCACAGAUGAUCUGUCCCAAAUUGGCUUUGCAGAAGCUGUCCCGGUGGCUUCAGUGUUUGAAAAGUCAGGACAUUGCUGGGCACAUCAGUGGUGUGCAGCCUGGUCAUAUGGUGUUCAACUUGAUGGCAACCAGGGUCUUGUAGGAGUGGAUAAGGCGGUCAUCUCAGGGAUCCAACAGCGAUGUGAAUACUGUAAACGGCUUGGUGCCACCAUCCGGUGCCGUUCUGAGGGGUGUCAGCAUUUCUAUCAUUUUCCCUGUUCAGCAGCAAGUGGGUCUUUCCAGUCCAUGAAGCUGUUAACACUGCUGUGUCCCAGCCACCUGGAUAAGGCAGUGGAUAUGGCCAAAGAGGAUGCACGCUGUGCUGUGUGUGACUCACCUGGAGAUCUCUUGGAUCUUCUGUUCUGUACAAGUUGUGGACAUCACUAUCACGGGGCCUGCCUGGAGAUCAGCGCAACACCACUUAAGCGUUCAGGGUGGCAGUGCCCGGAAUGCAAAGUGUGUCAGACGUGUCGGCAACCAGGGGAGGACUCCAUGAUGCUCGUGUGUGAUGCCUGUGACAAAGGUUACCACACGUUUUGUCUGCAGCCAGUAAUGGAUUCCUUACCUGUAGAUACCUGGAAAUGCAAGAAUUGUCGUGUUUGCAGCAAGUGUGGAAGUCGAGGGUCAUCUCCACAUUGUGGGGUCGUCUGGUACGAAAACUACUCCCUUUGUGAGAGCUGCCACCAACAGCCUAGCUCUUUAUGUGCAAGCUGUGGCAAGCAGUCCUCCAACGAACGCUGUGAGGCCUGCCAGGGUUCAUCGCCUGGGAAAGAAGAGGGAAUCCAGGAAAAGGAAAAUCCAGUGGAACUUGUAUGUGCUUCAGGGAAAGACUGCACAGUUGCAGAAGUGCCCAUGGCCAAGUUGGAGAAGCCACACAGCCCUCCAUCCUCAGGGGAUGUUCAAAAACUGAAGGAGGACCUCCAAACCGGAGAACAAAUGGCUGAGAGUGGCACUGAGUCAGCCAGUUUGCAAAGCACUGAUGCCGGUUCUACUACAGAUAAGCUAGAAACCAAGUUGUCUGGCACCCUUGAGCCUGAGACUUCAGUUCAGUUAGGAGAUCCUGAUGCCGAGGAAUCCCAGACAAUUCCAAACCACAAGGGAGAAGAAGAAAUGGACUCUAGCCAGAGCAAAGCAGAUGUCUCUUGUGAAGAAAGCACUGUUGCCAUUAGGACUCCGGAGCCGGGGGCAGGUGGCCUAGAGGAGCAUGUAACCCCUGAGACACUUCCAUGUUCGGAAUCAAGAGCUCUCUUCUCAGACUCUCUGGAGGAAGAGGAAGAGAGCUGUGAAAAGAUGUCUCAGACCGAGGACUUUGCAGCAGAGAAUAAGCUAAAAUCGGAGCAGCCAGGCUCCCCUGCGGGCAGGCGAGGAAGUCUGCUCAUGAAGCCUGACUUUGUAGAUGAAAUGUCUAAUCUGAGCCAUGGGGAUGCUAGCAGCAGUGGCUUCCUUGAGUCGGAACCAAACAUCUCUCCCGGUGAGCCGGACUCACAUUCCCUUUCCAUGGAGCUGGGCCUGGUGUCCACUGGAGAGGGAGGGAAUGGGCGAUUAUGUUCAGACUCUAUCUUAACAGAGACGGACGACUCCAUGCCCUUCGAUUCUGCUUCUGCAAAGCUUGAUGCCGAGAAAGCCAAGAGAAGGAACUCCCCUGGCCGAUCACGAGUGAAGCAGGGACGAAGCAACAGUUUUCCAGGAAAGCGACGUCCUCGAGGCGGAGGUGGAGGAAGGGGCCGUGGCCGCUCUCGCCUCAAAGCCAUGGCAUCCUGCAUCGAAGCCUUCCUGUGCAUGGACGUAGAUUCGUCCCCAGGGAAGGAUGAUGAUGAUGAGGAUGAUGACACAAUGCAGAACACGGUGGUCCUUUUUUCCAACACGGAUAAGUUUGUCCUUCUGCAAGAUAUGUGUGUGGUCUGUGGGAGUUUUGGGCGUGGGCCAGAAGGACAUCUUCUGGCAUGUGCACAGUGUGCCCAGUGUUAUCACCCAUACUGUGUUAACAGCAAGAUCACUAAAGUGAUGUUGAGCAAAGGCUGGCGCUGUCUUGAAUGCAUUGUAUGUGAAGUGUGUGGUAAAGCCUCGGACCCAUCACGCCUCCUGCUUUGUGAUGACUGCGAUGUCAGCUACCACACUUAUUGCUUGGAUCCUCCACUCCACACGGUCCCUAAAGGGGGCUGGAAGUGUAAGUGGUGUGUAUGCUGCAUGCAGUGCGGUGUGACCUCCCCAGGUUUUCAUUGUGAGUGGCAGAACAACUACACACAUUGCGCACCUUGUGCCAGUCUGGUGGCCUGUCCAGUAUGCAAGGAAGCCUUCGUGGAACAAGAUCUGCUACUCCAGUGCCAGCACUGUGAACGGUGGAUGCAUGCCAUGUGCGAAAGACUUUAUACUGAAGAUGAAGUGGAGCAAGCCGCCGAUGAAGGCUUUGUCUGCACUAACUGCACACCCUAUGUGCCCAGACCUGUUGUUGUGCCGGAGAUUCCUGUGGUGAUCCCUGUGAAAGUGAAAGAGCCAGAGCCCCAGUUCUACCGACUAGAAGGAGUUUGGCUGACGGAGGAGGGAAUGUCCCUUCUACGCAGCAUCUCUGUAUCACCACUACACAAGCGACGGCAGCGGCGCUCCCGUUUAGGAACGAUAUGUGGGGAGCCAGGGUCUGAUAGCUUGGAGCUCAAGGAUGGAGACGUUGAUGGUGAGGACAUGAAAGGAAUUGUGGAGCCCAUGGAAUGCGACUCAAAACUAGAGAACCUGGGAAGUCCAGAUCGAGAGACUGGAGCAGAGAGGGAGUCUGGUCUGGAGGGAGUUGUAGAUGGGACCAUAGAUACUGAGGGUUGCAAAGGCAUUAUUGAGGAAACUGAUGAAGGAAAGAAGAGGAAGAGGAAGCCCUACAGGCCUGGCAUUGGUGGAUUCAUGGUGCGGCAAAGGAAAUCCAACUUGCGUAUUAAAAAGGGACUGAUUCCGCAGGCUCCUGAAGAACAGGGAGGAUUGGAGCCUCUGUGCACUACUGAGAAGACCCCAGAAGAAGAAACACCAGGGGAUGGCCAGAAAAAUCCAAAAGGGGACACGGUUGGAGAGCAGGCAAAGAAGCGGCGUGGCCGUAAGAAAAGCAAGUUGGAGGACAUGUUCCCUGCAUAUCUUCAGGAGGCUUUUUUUGGGAAGGCUCUUCUAGAUAUUAGCAAGAAAGCAGUCUUGGCCCCCAAAACUCCAGUGGAGGUUGCAGUCCAAGACUUGGUGAAGCCAUCUUCAGCUUCCAGUCAUGAGGCAGUGCCCAUUGCAGGAGAAUCAAUUCAAAAAGUGGCCACACAGGAGUCUGCUAUUGGUGAUUUGCCUCUCUGUGUCAAAGAGGGAAGCUUCACUGAAGAAGGCCGAGUGGAAGCUACAGCACGCGUCAAGGAUUCCAGUGAGGAACUCCCUCCAUCUCUCAGCAUGAAUGGUUGCCCUCCAACCCCACAGGGUGGAUGCCCUGUAGAUACAGAGAAGCCUUGCACAGAAGGACAACCUGCCAGGCUGGACAGUCAGGACUCUAGGAAUUUCUUUAGGAAGGUCUUAGGCUCGGCACACAGCGAUGCACUUGGUGGAAAUCUUCAGCCAAACAUGCGACCCCUCAUGGAGACUCCAGGGACAGCAGGGGACCUGAAUAAACCCAUGUCCUCACAGAGGAGCUUCCUGCCAGGCAGCUCCCUCCAGUGUACAGGAGUGAUGGAUUCAUUUCCCAUUCUCUCCCAGUCUCCUUUUUUUGACAGUCGGGAUCGCAGUGGCUUAUUCAGCCCUGAACAAGGUGAUACAGAUAGUCCCUGGGCUACACCUUCCACUCCUGCUACUCCUUCUACACCUCCUACUCCCACAGAGCAAGAUAAUGAUGGGUUGUCUUACAACCAGCGCAGCUUGCAGCGCUGGGAAAAAGACGAAGAACUGGGAGAGUUGUCCACUAUCUCGCCUGUAUUGUAUGCCAAUAUCAACUUCCCUAACCUCAGGCAGGAAUACCCAGAUUGGUCAAGUAGAUGCAAGCAGAUUAUGAAGAUGUGGAGGAAAGUUUUGGCAGCUGACAAGGCACCCUACUUGCAAAAGGCAAAAGAUAAUCGGGCUGCUCAGCGCAUUAGCAAAAACCAGAAGCAGGCAGAGAGUCAGGUGAACCGUCCGUUGAAAGUUGAAGGUCGCCCUAAAGGGGAGAAGCCGUCCCUGCAUCUCCACAUCCCCCCUCCUUCUGGGUGUGUCUCCACCUCCUCAGAGCCCAGCACCUCAGAGAGCCCCUUUUCUUUCUCUCAGGAUCCAGGAGCCUCAAUGUAUGGCAACUCGGUGCCGCUCACUCCAGAAAGUGUGCCUAAAACUUCAGGACUGUUGCAGAGCGGAGAGGUUUGCAGAGAACCCUUUAACAAACUACCACAAAGUCACAUUAACAGCUCCUCCAUGACUUUCUCGCAGUCUUCCUCCAGCCCCGUCCAGACAGCCUCAGGCUUCCACAUGCCAACUGCUCCUCCUGGCACCCCACAAGCGAGGGCCGCAAAUAUGGGGUCUGUGGAUCUUAAGCUUGGAAUAGCCAGGUGUCCACAGACCCCAACAAAUGACCCGUUUUUAAAACCACAACAGCUGCAGGAUACACUGGGUCCUCCUGAGAGCCCACGACUAAAGCAGCCUCCACUGGUUGGUGAGCCUGCAGUGCUUUCUCCACUUUCCACACAUUUUGGAGAGACGUUUCAAAAUCCAGCUGGCAGAGUAACUGAGCAAUCACCACGUCAAGAUUACAGCAUGAAUUCCUCUCGAGCCUCAACUCCAGGCUUGGGUCCACGGCAAGAUUUCCCAAUGAUCUCUUCUCCAGCAUCUGUCACCCCAGCCCCACGGCAGGACUUUGGAGGGGUUGGGUCUCCUGCUACUGUACAAGGUUUUGCAGAGACAGCAUUGCAUAUUGGGGAAGGAAAAGGGAGUGAUGUGUUUAAAGCACCAUUGACUCCCCGCAUGCAUCAGGGUGAAGCACAAAACCCCAUGCAGUGCUACUCUGCCCCCCAGCAUCCAGGGGCAUCUCCUCAGUAUCGACAGUCUCCAUCAACCCCCUUCUCUGACCCAAACAUGCACCUUUCACUCGCGCCUAGACCCCAGGUGAGAGACAGCUGUUCACCUCUUCCCCAGCGUGGCCUUCCUCAUGAUUCAUACUCAAGGGUACCCCCAGCAAGCCCACAGUCUCAGGGAAGCUGCCAGUCACCCCUGACCCCUGGUCCCUUGUCAAGUGAAGCCUUCUCCUCCCAGUCCCCACUGACCCCUCGCUUCCAGUCGCCUGAUCCAUACUCACGCCCACCCUCCAGACCACAGUCUCGAGACCCUUUUGCUCCACCUCACAAGCCACCCCGGCCAACAGCAGGAGACGCUGCAUAUAGGACAUCGCCUCACCUCAGCCAGCCUGGUACACCUCAGGGGGACUCUGCACCCAAAGCAAUUCCUGCCCAGCCAACUUUCAGCAGGAGCCCAAGUGCAGGGGUUUUCACUGGCCUCCAGCAGCAGCCUCGGGUAAUGUCUGCCCCUUACACAGAGACAGUGACAAAUUCUCCAGCGCACCCAAAUCCGCACAGAAUGCAGCCGGGCACUCCAGAUACUGUAGGUAACUGCUCCCUGGACCCCAGUUUCCAGCCUCCUCAGAGAACGCAGAUUUGCCGGCUUCCUGAAAGGAGAGAUGAAUCUACACCAGCAGUUGCUGUUACAGAGAUGUCCAUAAACCAAGAUCCCUCGUUUGGCAACCUCAGCCAGUCUGAACAGGAGAAACACAGACAGCGUCAAAGGUUGAGGGAGCUGCUCAUCCGACAGCAGAUCCAGCGCCACUCUCUCCGUCAAGAAAAAGAGGCAGCAGCAGCCAUUGGUAACACCCCUAACUGGCCGGUAGACCCUGGCACUUUUCAACAAGACAAGACACAGCGGGCUCCUCCUCCUUAUCCUGCUGCACAGGAGCAAAGUCUGGGAACUGAAAAUUCCACUUGUGGAAAGCUGGCCCAACCACUAGCUCCUCUGGAUGACAAAAUACUAAGGCCUCCUCCUCCUGGGACACCUUCUCCUGUUGAUCCAGCGGCCAUCAGGCAGCCCGUCCCCAGCAGUCCUCAGGGCUUUUUCACCCGAGGCCCAUUCCCUGGCCAGUGGCAGGGUCAGAGUGGGGUAAUGCAGCGCUUUCCACAGAACCCCAGAAUGGACACUCCUCCCAGACCCCAUUUGAAUAUCGCACUGAGCGGCAUGCAAGGCCUACCAGCCAGGCCCCUCCAACCACCACCACCGGACUCCAUACCCAGCCCUCAGGUGCCUGUCACCCCUCAGUUCAUUGAACUAAGGCACAAUAUGCAGAGGCUUCCAGUUGGAGCUCAGUUUGUACAGCGAAAUCCAAUACCAAGACCACGGUUUUUCCCAUCAACUCCAGAAGUGGGGGGCCCUUACGGUCACUCAGUGCCUCAGCCAGAAGGGGCCAGAACUCCCACUGCAGCGCCACAGCCAACUGUAAGACCACCACAUGUGUUGUCUGCUUUGCGUUCUCCAGAGCCUCCAAGUGCCGCUGCCCCUCCUCACACGGAUACAAAUGCCAACACCAGUAAACCUUGCCGCCUUGAGCUUCCAUGCCCAGACCCUGAGUUGGAUGAUGACUUUGUUUCCCACAAGGGUCUAGAAGAAGAAGACGAUGACUUGGCUAAUUUGAGUCUUGAUCCUGACAAAGGUGAUGAUGAACUGGGAAAUCUGGACAGUCUGGAGACGGCGGAUCCCCACCUAGAUGACCUACUCAAAUGUGAUGAGUUUGACCUGCUGGCCUACACUGACCCUGAACUGGACGUAGGAGACAGGAAGGACCUCUUUACUGAGCAGCUGAGGCUCGUAGAAGUGGAGAGCGAGGGUAGUAGCUCAGAUGUUGCAGACCGUAAAAUGGAAGCACAGAAACAGAACGGAGAGCUUCAGGGCACUUGCAUACCAGGUGGGGCAGGAGCAGCGCUGGGGUCAUCUAUUUCAUCCAAUGUUAGGCCAGCUGGGUUGGCAGAGGACCGCCAGAAGGUAAAAUUGAAGCAGGAAGAAGGCCUGUCUUUGUCAUCCACUUGCUGCUUCAAGACUGAAUCCAAAAACAGUACAGUAGUACGCCCUGUGAAAGAUGAAGUGGGAGAUGCUGUCUCCCUGCUGCUGCACCCCAAGCUUGGACCUUCCAGUGGCUUGUCUCCACCAAGCAGCAGAGCCACUGGCCUACCUUUCUCCAUCCCCGAUCAACCUGACACACUUCCCUCAGUUGUACCCAAGUUCGAUCUGGAUGAAGACACCUUAGCUCUUCCGGAUGGGCAGCACUCCCCAGCCGUUGAUCUGGAUAAAGUUGAGAGCAGUCUAGAGGCCAGCGAGCUGCCUCUGUUGAUACAGGACUUGCUAGAGCAUGAAAAGAAGGAGCUGCAGAAGCAACAGCAGCAGCGACAGAUCUCUCUCCAGCAAGGCUUAAGCUCUCAGCUGCAACCAGUCUUGCCCGCUGAGGGAACACAUCGAGUUGGCUUGCCACAUGGCCUAUUGGGUCAGCAGCCUCCUUUCCAGCCAGGUGUCGUAGCUAGGCCCAAUGGUCCUCCACUUAUUGUUUCCAGUCAGCAGCAGCAGCAACGACUUAUGAGUGCUGGUGUGCCUCCUCAUCUGGCUAUGGUCCAGUCCCAGGGCAUUGUGAGCACUGGACAGGCCACUGGAGAAGUCCAGCCACCAGGACACCACCUAGCUACCAGCCAGAUUCCAGUUCCUGGUCUCCCACAACAGCAGAUUAUGAAGCAGCCUCUUCCAAACAGCAGUUUCUUCCCAGAAACAGAUUUAGACAAGUUUGCAGCUGAGGAUAUCAUAGACCCCAUUGCCAAAGCGAAGAUGGUGGCCCUCAAGGGAAUCAAACGUGUUAUGGCACAGGGCAGUAUUGGCGUUGCAACUGGUAUAAACAGACAACAAGUUUCCUUAUUGGCCCAGAGGCUAGCAGGUGCUCCUGGACCCAGUGAAGCACAGACACGUCCAGCAGCAGUCCCUGGCAAGAGGUUCCAGAGUUGCCUCCACCCCCCCCCAAACCCACCCCAAUUUGUGCAAGGCAUUAUCAAUGAUGCUGAGCAGCAUCAAUAUGAGGAGUGGCUGCUACACACCCAACAGCUCCUGCAAAUGCAACUUAAGUUCCUGGAAGAGCAGAUUGGAGUUCACCGGAAGUCUCGGAAGGCACUUUGCGCCAAGCAACGCACAGCUAAAAAGGCUGGUCGUGAGUUCCCUGAAGCAGAUGCUGAAAAGCUGAAACUUGUGACAGAACAACAGAGUAAAAUCCAAAAGCAGCUGGAUCAGGUUCGAAAGCAGCAGAAGGAACAUACCAAUCUGAUGGCAGAGUACCGUAAUAAACAACAACAACAUCAGCAGCAGCAGCAGCAACAGCAGCAGCAGCAGCAACAGCAGCACCAAGGGUCCGGCCUACUGACUUCAGGUGCCCCCACAGGCCCACGGAUGCCUGUCCAGCUACUUCAGGGUGCAUUAGGUGCUCAAGGACAACCUAUGCGAAUGCCUGCAAUGCCAGCCCAGCAAGGUCAGCCUUUCAUGAACUCUGGUCCCAUGGGAGCUGUGAACUCUGCACCAACUCCUUCUGGGAACUACUUCCCUCAAGGCAGUGUGGUACCAGGUAGUGAUGCCAGACUUCUUCAGAUGCAACAGCAGCACCGAAUGCAACUUGUCCAAAAAAUGCAGCAGCAAGGCCUUAUGGCACAGGGUCACAUACAGAUGCAAGGGCAGCCAGCAUCACGGAUCACAGGAAACACCUUGGUAGGGCAGCCAACUUCGCAAAGUAUGAUGGGGAACCAGCAAAUCAUGAUGGGAAACCAGGCACUAAUGGCAAGCCAGCAAAACAUGACAGGAAACCAAAACCAGCAAGCCAUCAUGGGCACCCAACAAAUGGUACAGAACCAGCAGAAUAUGAUGGUGAGUCAGGCCCAGCAGAACAUCAUGGGUGGUCAGCAGCUCACACAGAUGGUACAGAGCCAGCAGGGAGUGGUUGGCGCUCAACAACCUGGAACAUUAUUACCACAGAGACUGCAGAACGUGGGAGCCCAACAGUUGUUCACAGACGCGGAUGCGCUUCGAAAGUCACAGGUUGUGGGUGGGCAGCAGAAUGUCCUGGCACAAAGACUGCUCCUGCAGCAACAGCAGCAGCUCCCUCCACCACAGUCACAUGUUGCUAAGGAUCUUGUGCCACUCCAGCAGCAAAGUUUUGUGCACCAGCAGGAAGCUGGUGUCUCUUCGCAACCUUUUCCAGGGCAUUCACCUUCAGAGGCAGCUCAGCGUGAUCAACAACCACAGGGGAUGUCUGAAAGCCUCCCAGCACAAGCGAUGAUAGUCCAAAGUACCGGUCCGGAACAGCAAAAUGUAGGCAACCAGGAGCAAAGCCUUCUCAAUCCUCUAACACCUCAGGGCUCCCAGACUCCACUUAGACUCCCAGGCUCUGGCUCAGUGGUAGACCAGCAGGGAGUACUUGUGCAGCAGCAGCAGCCAGUGUCAACCCCCGUCCAGCAACACAGCUUUCAGGGAGCACCAGCAGAAUUGGCUCUGCAGAGACAAAGCUCCAUAGGAGACAAACAGACUGGCAGUGCACCAAAAGCCCCCAAUAUAGGUGUAGCUACGAUUAAGCAGGAGUCGCAACCAAUGUGCUAUCUCGGAGCGCAGCAGCAGCGAGUGUCAGUUGGGCCAAAAGUUGGAACUCCCCAGAAUAUGUUAGGAGUGCAGCAAAUGAACUCAGCUGCACAGCAGCAGCAAAGUAUGCUGGGACUGUACCAUCUUAACCAACAACAAAAUCUAGCUGGGCAAAAGCCAGGGAUAAUGGGGCAGAUGACUGCUGGGCAGCCUCGAAUGAUGGGCCACAGGCUGCCACCAAACAUCCAGGGUUUAAUUGCUCAAAAUCCACAGCUUCGUCAUCUGUCUCCUCAACAACAGCAACAACUCCAAGCCAUCCUAGCCCAGCGACAGCUUGCCCAAGGGCAAGUGCUGCGUUUGUCUGCAGGACAGGGCCAGCUACAUCAGGGCCAAGGGGCCAUCAUGCCUCAGCAUCCGCAGUUCCAGCAACAGCUGAUGAGACAGCAGCAGUAUGGAAUGAUGGGCCAGUCAACACCACAACCCCAAGGGGUUAUGGGCCAGUCGGUUCACCCUGGCACACCUUCUCCACAGCAACAAGGGAUGUCAGGACAGUCAGUCCAACUGGGCACAUUAGCUCAGCAACAAGGAAUUAUGGGACAAUCAACACAAAGUACAGCAUCUCCACAGCAGCAAGAGGCAAUGGGGCAAUCUGCACAAGGUCCAGUAUCUCUUCAGCAGCAAGGACUCCUGGGACCAUCAGUGGGUCAGGCAGCAAUGACCCAGCAGCAGCAACAACAAGGACUCAUGGCACAGUCUAUGGGACAGCAAACAAUGGCCCAGCAGCAAGGACUCAUGGGACAGCCUAUUUGUCAACCAGCACCGUCUCAGCAACAGCAAGUACUCAUGGGACAGUCAAUGGCUCAGUCUGCAAUGCAACAACAGGGACUUGUGGGACAGUCAAUGAGUCAGUCCAUGGCCUCCCAGCAGCAGCAAGGACUCGUGGGGGGACCGUCGGUGACGCAGCAGCAGCAACAAGGAAUUAUGGGACAGUCGAGUCAGUCAGUAACAUCACAGCAGCAGCAAGCACUUAUGGGGCAGUCAGCAAUGCAACAGCAAGGGCUUAUGGGACAGUCAGUAGCAUCCCAGCAGCAGCAGGGACUCGUGGGACAAUCUGUGGGUCAGUCAGCAUUGCCCCAACAACAGCAAGAAGUCAUGGGGCAAUCCAUGGCUCAGAUAGCAACAUCCCAGCAGCAGCAGCAACAGGGGCUUAUGGGACAAUCCAUGGUUCAGUCAGCAAUGUCUCAACAACAGCAAGCACACAUUGGGCAGUCGAUGAUUCAGACACCAUUGCAACAGCAGCAGCAAGGACUUAUUGGACAGUCCAUGGUUCAGACCUCAUCCCCUUCACAGCAGCAGCAGCAACAUGGACUUAUGGGACAGGCUGCAGCAGUUCAGCAGCAGCAUGGAGUCAUAGGGCAGUCCAUGGGUCAGACGUCAACAUCCCAGCAGCAGCAAGGUGUUCAGACAUCUAUGCCCCAGCAGCAGCCACAGCCAGGGCUUUUGGGACAGGCAGUAACAGCACAGCAGCAGCAUGGGAUAAUAGGGCAGUCCAUGGUUCAUACUGUGACAUCCCAGCAUCAGCAAGGACCUUUGGGGCAGUCAAUGCCUCAACUUUCACCAUCUCUGCAGCAAGGGAUUAUGGUGCAAGUUACCACAUCUCAACAGCUCCAUGAGGCUAUGGGACAAUCAGUGGCACAUGUUGUAACAUCUCAGCAUCAGCAAGGGAUUAUGGGACAGAGUGUAAAUGCACAACAGCAUCAGGAGCUCAUGACACAACCAAUGACACAGGUGGUAGCAAGUCAUCCAAAUCAGGGGCUUAAAGGACAGAUUGCAGCAACUCAGCAGCAUCAACAGGGGUUCAUUGGACAGGGCCUUAUUACUUCACAGCAUCAAGGAAUUAUGGGACAGACUCCUCCAGCUCCCCAGCAACAGCAAGGCAUCAUGGGGCAAACUGCAGCAGUUCAGCAGCAGCAUCAUGGGUUUGUGGGUCAGGCUAUGGUUUCUCAACGGCAGCAGCAAGGUCUUAUGGGACAGGCUGUAAUAUCUCUGCAGGGACAAAGCAUUAUCGGGCAAGCUCAACGGCAGCAACAGCAGGGCAUCAUGCGACAUAUGGCAACUGUUCAGCAGCAGCAGCAACGAACAAUCAUGGGACAGUUUACCGUUGGUCGUUUGCAGCAGAGCAACAAUGGACAAGCUACAGCACUUCCGCAGCAUCCACAGCAAGGCUCCAUGGGACAAGCUACAGCAUCUCCACAGUAUCCCCAGCAAGGUGCCAUGGGACACGCUACAGCAUCUCCACAGCAUCCCCAGCAAGGCUCCAUGGGACAAGUUACAGCAUCACCUCAGCAUCCACAGCAAGGCACCAUGGGACAAGCUACAGCAUCUUCACAGCAUCCACAGCAAGGCACCAUGGGACAAGUUACAGCAUCUCCACAGUAUCCCCAGCAAGGUGCCAUGGGACAAGCUACUGCAUCUCCGCAGCAUCCUCAGCAAGGUGCCAUGGGACAAGCUGCUGCAUCUCCACAUCAUCCCCAGCAAGGCACCAUGGGACAAGCUACUGCAUCUCCACAGCAUCCCCAUCAAGGCCCCAUGGGACAAACUACUGCAUCUCUACAGCAUCCACAGCAAAGCACCAUGGGACAAACUACUGCAUCUCUACAGCAUUCCCAGCAAGGUGCAAUGGGACAAGCUGCUGCAUCUGCACAGUAUCCCCAGCAACUAGCCAUGGGACAAGCUACUGCAUCUCCACAGCAUCCUCAGCAACUACCCGUGGGACAAGCUACUGCAUCUCCACAGCAUCCCCACCAAGGCGCCAUGGGACAAGCCACUGCAUCUCCACAGCAUCCCCAACAAGGCGCCAUGGGACAAGCCACUGCAUCUCCACAGCAAGGCGCCAUGGGACAAGCUACUGCAUCUCCACAGCAAGGCGCCAUGGGAAAAGCUACUGCAUCUCCACAGCAAGGCGCCAUGGGACAAGCUACUGUAUCUCCACAGCAAGGCGCCAUGGGACAAGCUAUUGCAUCUCCACAGCAAGGCGCCAUGGGACAAGCUACUGCAUCUCCACAGCAAGGCGCCAUGCAAGGCGCCAUGGGACAAGUUACUGCUUCUCCCCACCAUUCACAGCAAGGCGCCAUGGGGCAAGCUACUGCAUCCCCACAGCAAGGCACCUCGGGACAGUCAGUUGCCGCAUCACCGCAUCAAGGCUCCACGGGACAGUCAGUUGCCACAUCGCCACAUCAGGGCACCACUGGACAGUCAGUUGCCGCAUCGCUGCAUCAGGGCACCACAGGACAGGUUACAGGAGGUCAGCAGCAGCAUACCUUGUUAGGGAAGCCAGCGCAACAGUUUGCAAUACCAAAGCAGGAGAAAACAAAUGUGGGGCAGGCAGCACCCUCAACAUCUCCACAGCAGCACCGAGCUAUUGAACUGUCACCACAACAGACUUCAGGAGUUCCUCCACUGCAUAACCAAAUGGGAUUGCAAGGAGAGGCCAGGCAUUUGGAACUUAAGCAGACCCACAAUAACAGGGCAGCUUUGUCAGAACAAAAGCCACUUGUAGAGCAACAGGGAUUACCAGCAAAUGUGUCUACACAUUUUGAAACCCCUGCAGGUCCACUGCUGCAAAAGGGUGAUCGAGAUCCACAACACAUGGAAAUCCCCACCUCUAGUUCUUUCCACCAGCAAAUUGAAGCAGGUGCUGGUGGUGCCCCUAAGCUUCCACCACCUGCUGCUUCUGCUCAGAAAGAAAGUGUCACAGGUUUUCCUAUCCGCUCAAUCCAUCCUCCAAGUUCUAGUGCUGAGGUUCUAAUGGUUAGACAACUUUCUGAGGGACCUGGUGUUAAGGAGUCUGUGAGCUGUGAUUCUCGGGUGCCUGAACAACUAAAGCGACCCCAGGGACUAGUGGAUGAUACCCAGAGAAAUGGACAGCCUGUGCAUAAUGUUGGUUUAUUAUCUCUGCAAAACAUCAAGCAAGAGCCCAAGGAGGAUGGCCUAUGUAUUGGUGAUGGGAAAGCAAGUGCAAUCAAGCGAGAGGCCAAUGGGGAACUAGUUGGACUGGCUGGCCUACCAUCUGGUCCUCGAUCGGAAGCUGGCCAGCAGCUCCUGCAAAAACUUCUGCGGGCGAAAAAUAUGCAGCUAGCUGGACAUCGGCCAGCAGAUGGCAUCCACAAUGAAAUUAACGGACACAUUGACAGCAAGUUAGCAAUGCUGGAGCAGAAACUGCAAGGAACUCCGCGCAAUAUGGAGGAUCUUCAAGCCUUAAGUAAGAAGCCUCCAGUGGUUAAACCCAAACGAGUCUCCAAAUCUGGAGAACGUGUUGGCAACUCAAGGAAGAAAGGCAAGAAGGAUGAAGGGGGGAAGGUGAAAUCUGCUGAGGCAUUGAUGAAGCAGCUCAAGCAGGAGCUCUCCCUGCUGCCCCUUGUGGAGCCCUCUAUCACAGCUAACUUUGACCUUUUUGCCCCCUUUGGGAGCAGCCCCAUCAAUGGCAAGAAUCAACUUAAGGGAUCUUUUGGGACUGCCAUACUUGAUAGUGUGCCUGACUACUAUUCUCAGCUCCUCACCAAGAAUAAUCUAAGCAAUCCACCAACACCACCAUCCUCCCUGCCUCCCACGCCGCCUCCUUCUGUUCAGCACAAACUGGUCAAUGGCAUCACAACAGUGGAAGACCUGCCUGAUGGCCAUAUCGCCCCAGAAGCUCCUGUGGAAUCUGAAGAGGCCAAGGAAGUGAAAAGCGUUGACCUUCUGGCAGCUUUGCCCACACCCCCUCAUAAUCAGAAUGAAGAUGUAAGAAUGGAAAGUGAUGAGGAUAGUGAUGCUCCAGACAGCAUUGUGCCUGCCUCAUCACCAGAGAGCGUGCUGGGUGACGAAACAUUCCGAUUCCCUCCGCUAACGGACUUCAAGGAGACGGAGCUGGAGCGGGCUUGCUCACCUGUUAUUCCCAUGAUUCCCAGAGCCUGCAUACCAGAAAACAAGCCCUCACAACCUCUGAGCAGUUUCUUGGACAAUGGUGGCAAGGUUGCUCCAACAGGAAGUGCCCCCUGGGAGAAGACAAAGGGGAGUGAGGUGUCUGUGACGUUUACUCUGUCUGCAGCAGCUGCCAAGAAUCUGAAUGCAGUAAUGGUGGCAGUUGCUCAGCUGUUAAACGUGCGGGUGCCUGGCUCUUAUGAAGUAAACUGUCCAGAGAAUUUGGGUCAAGGCAUCACAGAGCAGAGGAAGCUGCCAACAGAACAACAGUCAACAGCGAUGUUACCCACAAACUCCAAGUCUUCAGAUACUGAGAGGCCCCCACCUGAAAAGGCGGCAUGGUUGAAGCAGCUAGAAGCGUCUCUCCCGGGUUGUCCUGUGAAGAAGCAAGUGGACAUCCUGUCACUCAUUAAACAGGAGUCUUUGGAGCCAGAGCCCAAACCGGUGCAGCACUGUUACACAACUAAUGUCUCAAAUCUGGAUGUGCGCCACCUGCCAAUCAUCCCUGUUGAAACCUCACCCCCUCUGUCUCCUGCCGUUCCCACCUCCUCUCCUUCAAGCCCAACUGAAACUAUUAAACUGGAACCAGAGCAUGACCCGGUCCUGAUACUGCCACCGCCACCUCCCAACGUAGAACCUACCAAAAUCAAGCAGCGUUGUCGUCUGGCUUCUGAGGAUGAGGAAGCCAAACCUAAAGUGAAGAAAUGGAAAGGUGUCCGAUGGAAACGGCUGCACCUGUUGAUCACCAUCCGUAAAGGGGGCUCACAUAAGGAAACUGGACGGGAGAUUGCUGAGCUCAUUGACAAACUGCGCAUAACACUGAGGCCUGACACCCUUUCCAGAGACCUGCGCAAGUGCUGCUUCUGCCACGAGGAGGGAGAUGGGGCUACAGAUGGGCCCGCUAGGUUGCUAAACAUCGACCUGGACCUUUGGGUGCACCUCAACUGUGCCCUCUGGUCCACAGAAGUGUAUGAGACGCAAGGGGGUGCGCUGAUCAAUGUGGAGGUUGCACUGCGACGAGGUCUGCGUACCAAGUGUGCCUUCUGCCAGAAGACCGGUGCCACCAACAGCUGCAACCGUCUGCGCUGCCCCAACGUUUACCAUUUUGCUUGCGCCAUAAAGGCACGCUGCAUGUUCUUCAAGGACAAGACAAUGCUGUGCACCCAGCACAAACUUAAGGGUCCCAGUGACGAGGAACUCAACUGUUUCGCGGUCUUCCGCCGUGUCUAUAUCGAGCGUGACGAGGUGAAGCAGAUUGCCAGUAUCCUGCAGAGAGGGGACCGCAUCCACAUGUUCCGUGUGGGAGGGCUCAUCUUCCAUGCAAUCGGCCAGCUCUUACCCUACCAGAUGGCAGUCUUCCACUCUUCCAAUGCCAUCUACCCAGUGGGCUACGAGGCCACCCGUAUGUAUUGGAGCACUCGCUUCCCUAACCGUAGGUGCUGCUACCGUUGCCGCAUUGGAGACAAUGAUGGACGUCCAGUCUUUGAAGUGCGCAUCUUAGAGCAGGGAUAUGAUGAUGUUGUGCUACAGGACACAUCCCCACAAGCCAUUUGGGACCGCAUUGUGGAGCCAGUAGCGCGGAUGCGUCAAGAAUCUGACAUGCUGAAGCUGUUUGCUGACCAUGUGAAAGGCGAUGAGAUGUACGGCCUAACUGUCCAUGCUGUUCUGCGCAUCACUGAGUCGCUGCCCGGUGUGGAGAGCUGUCAGAAUUAUGUGUUCCGCUAUGGCCGCCACCCCCUGAUGGAGCUGCCACUCAUGAUAAAUCCCACAGGAUGUGCCAGAUCCGAACCAAAGAUCAUGACGCACUAUAAAAGGCCACACACCCUCAAUAGCACCAGCAUGUCCAAAGCGUACCAGAGCACUUUCACCGGAGAGAUCAACACGCCAUACAGCAAGCAGUUUGUGCAUUCCAAGUCGUCACAGUAUCGUCGGCUCAAGACAGAAUGGAAGAAUAAUGUGUACCUGGCCAGAUCUCGCAUCCAAGGUUUGGGCCUUUAUGCUGCCAAAGACCUGGAGAAGCACACCAUGGUGAUCGAGUACAUUGGCACUAUUAUUCGCAAUGAAGUAGCCAACCGACGUGAGAAGAUCUAUGAGGAACAGAACAGAGGUAUUUACAUGUUCAGAAUCAACAACGAACACGUGAUUGACGCCACUCUGACAGGAGGACCCGCACGGUACGUCAACCAUUCCUGCGCGCCAAAUUGUGUGGCCGAAGUGGUGACGUUUGAUAAGGAGGAUAAGAUCAUCAUCAUUUCCAGCCGGAGAAUUCCCAAAGGAGAAGAGCUGACUUAUGAUUACCAGUUUGACUUUGAGGACGACCAGCACAAGAUCCCGUGUCACUGCGGUGCAUGGAACUGCAGGAAGUGGAUGAACUGAGGCAGCCAUGUGGCUGCUGUUCAAGGAGGGCCGCGCACCCUUUGAGACAAAAGUCUGGGCUGCAGCCCUCCAUUGCUUUUUGCUCUGUAGGUAACGUUUCUGCACAUUGACUUGAGACUUGCACUCCGUGUUCAUCUGACCCCGUUUGCUUCCUCCCCCCUCUCCCCAACCCCAUGUUUUAGAGGCUUAAUGAAAAUAAAGUAAAACUGACUUUUUUUUUUUUUUUUUUUUUUUUUGGUCCAAUCAGCAAGCAAAUGAUACGCUAGCUGUAGGUAGAUGUGCAGAUUUGCCGUGGACUGGUAUUCGUUUGUGCUUCUUGACCUUUAAAGUCAGGACAUAGGCUGAAGCUAGACAAUCGCAAAAAUGACCGAGGCUCCAAGGACAAAGCAAACCUAAGACAGCGGGCGCUUAUACCCAGACUACCUCAUACCUGUGUCUUGGAUCUUCUUAGCUUCAGAUGACACCGAAAGAUUUUAGGGAGGGGGGGGGGGGGGAGGGUGAAGGGGAAUUGGAGGAACAUGGCUUGGCUCUGGUGGCCUUCUCCCCCCCGCCCCCCCAGGUCAAUGGAGGUCUGCUUCUCUACUCAACGCACAAACUGAAGGAUGUGAUUGCUGCUCGUGCAGGAGAACAGAUCUCCGGGCCUCAGUGCUCCUCCUGCGCCGGACUGCCCUUGGCGUGUCCCCUUUGUAUAUUUACUGUAUUUUACCGUUUUCACCGCCCUGAACUGAAGAGUUGGACUUUGAUUGGGCAGACGGGACGGGGGUGAAAGUUGAAAAGGGCAUUUUUUCCCUCCCCCCACCCCACCUUUGUAUGUUAUUUAAAGGAAAUCGGCAGAAUGGAUGACAUGUAUGUACUGCAUCUUAACUGCCGAGAAAAAUAAACACAAAAAAAAAAAAAAAAGCUGCAAAAGUGUACAGAUUGUAAAUAGCCGCAGAGUGAACUGCUUGGGAAGAGAGACCGUUUUUAACCAGAGAAAAUUAAAAAGACAAACCACUGGAUCUCAUUUUAUUAAAACAAUAAAACCUUGAUUAUGUGUAUAUGAAUUUAAUUUUAUUUUUUUGGCAUUUACAAUUAUCGGCUUUUUUUUUUUUUUCUUUUUGAAAUAGAAGCUUGUAAAGGCUUGUACAGUCUGCUUACGAACGUGAAACAGAGAGGAGAAAAGGAGGAGGAGGAAGGACAAAGUACCCAUCUUAUUUUCUUUUCUUUUUUUUUUUUUUGGCUAUGUGUUGGCAGCUCGCUUCGCUUCUAAUCCCUGCUCAGGUGUGCACAGGGUUGGGGGGGGGGGGGAGAUGGGGGAGUUGCGCCCAUCCAGGAGACGACCCCCUCCCACCCCCAUCCAGCAUUAAAGCUUGUCCCGGCAGACCCCACGUCGGGAAAUCCUCUCCCUUCGUCCUCAGAUUCCUAAUUAUUUAGCUGCCUGAUUUUUAAUUUCCUGACGAAUCAUGCGAUGACUUGGGAUCAAGAACCUGCUGGCAUAGGACUCCAGGGUAAUUACUUAGCAUAAGCCAUUUCUGUCCCCGCUGCCCCUCUGUCUGCCUCAGUGGGCUUUUUAAUUAUUUAAACAGAUUAUGCAUAGUUUUAUUUUAAAGAAAAAAAAUAAAUAAAAACAAAUCCAUAUUUCAGAGUCUUUAAGCAUUACAUCCUGCUCAUUUUAUAUUGUGUUGUCAGUUUUGUAUAGCAAGGUUGCGUUUAGGACAAACAAAUCAUUUUUAUUGUAUGUGGCAUGUUUUGUAUGAAUUAUCAUUUGAAUUGUACAUAAAUUAUGUCUGGCAACGCGGGAGGCUGUACUCAAUCUCUCAGCUUCGUUUCUUGUAAAGGAAAAAAAUAAAAAGGCAUUUUAAAUACAAA